UUUUAUUUUGAAGGCUGAACAGAACCGGUAGUUCGUUUCUUUUGUUCUCAGAGGACGUUAAUCGGUUCUGUCGACCUGGCAGUCAGUCGGACCUUCUGUCUUCAGGUUUCUGCUGGUUAACGUGAUCAGAACCGGUACCAGUACCGACCCCUGGUCUCCUGUAGUCUGCUCUGGUCUGCUCUCAGCUCCGGACUGGAGAGACUCUGUAACCCGGCAGAGAGUCUGAACAACACCUGAAGUUAAACUGAUCUGAUGCUAACACUGAAGUUAACUACAGCAGCUAGUUAACAACCUGCCAGGCUGACUCCAGGUACCAGACUCCAGGUACCAGACUCCAGGUACCAGACUCCCGCGACAAGGUGUGAAGAAGAGUUUCUGGAGACUGAACAAGUGAACAAAGUCUGAGAACAAUGAGGUUCCAGAGCUGAAGUCAACUCCUCCUGUCAGCCUGCAGCCUGCAGCUAGCUGGAUCUGGAGCUCAUGUUAAUGUUCAUGUUAAUGUUCAUGUUGAGUUCCUGGCAGCUCCAGGUGUUGCAGGUCAAACUGAAGACAUGUAGACGAGAAGCCUUCAACGUCUACAUGCUGUGAUUCUCAUUAAAGAGCAUUGAGAGUGAUGUUGUUGUUUCUCUGCUGAGCUGCUCAAACACUCCCACAGGUGUGUCUGUGGCCUGAGGACGUCACCGUGCCGAGGCCUGCAUCCCUCUGAACAAGUCUUACAACUUCACCGCUGAGCUGGCAGUACAUGCACGCUGUUCCAGUGAACUCACAGAGCUGCCAACUUCAACGAGAGGAGAACUGAGAUUCUGAAUUCAACUCCAACCGGCUGUGAGACGGACAGCAUGACCGCCGUGGUGGGCAAAGCGUGGGGCUGGGUGCGCUCAUGGGGCGGCGGUGGCGUGUCAUCAGAGAACACCACCACAACGGUGGUAGCCAAGAGCCAGAAACACGGCUCCGGCGGACAGGGCCUCAAGGGGUGGACCUCUUGGAUCUGGGGAGGGUGGAGACGUCAGAGCAACCAGAGUAGUCCGGUAGAGGAGUUCUGGGAGGCGCAGGAGAAGAUUCAGCCCAUGGAAAUCGAAGUCCUCGGCGCGGGGAAACAGGAGACGGGCACAAAGUCAGAGCAAGUCUCUAGAUGGUGGAAUAAAUAUCUCCCGACUUCUUACCUCUCGUGGCCAAUAACAACAGAAUGGAGCGGACUGAGACGGAGGAAACGUGAUGGGUGGGACUGUGAUGUCGACGGGGACUUCUCUGACUACGGGACGCCUCCUCCGUCCCCAACGCCUCCUUCCUCUCAGCUGACGUCUCCAUUUAGGUUCUUCGCUCACAGCUUGAAGGUGGAAAUCGUCCCGGAGCACUACGAGAUCUGCUUCAACUUCCUCCGCCACCUGUUCGAUCUGUUCGUCGUCGGCUUCUUGUGGACCGUGUCCCCCCCCGCCAAGCUGAUCCUGGAGGUGUUGGGGGUCCAGGGACCGCUGAGGCUGUGGUUCCACGGCAUGGCCAUGUUCUUUGUCUCCACAGUUGGAAUGGCGGGAUUACUCUGGUUGAUCCAGGAGUACCUCCCUCAGUUCGCUCUGAUCUACGGCAUCAUCCAGGCGCUGGUGAUCUCCGUCAGCGUCCGACAGAGCGUGAUGCUCGGCGUGGAGGAAGAGAAGGACGACGAGGGCAAGGACGCCGAAGAGAUGAUAGACAACAGGGAACAUACAGAAAAGCUUGUGUCUGUUAAGGACAAAGUGAAGACAAGUUAAAUUUAAGAUGGCGAGACGUUGCUGUCCGUUCAGGAGUCCGGCUGUAUCAGACCUCCUCCAGCAGGACGACACACGGACCGGUUCACUGCACCGCCGUGUUCUGCAGUGUCACUUCACUCUACUGUGUUGCACAUUCAUUACAAGCUCAUAGAAGUCACUUUAUGUUCAACACUAUUGAUCUGCAUUUUACAGACUGUCUGUCUGUCUGUCUGUCUGUCCUCCAUCUUCAUGUUGUCACCAGAACGUUGACAUUGAUAGCAGCACAAAGUUUAGUAUCAGAAAGUAUACUACUACCACUAUAAUCCUGGGGCCAUGGAUGUUCAAGAAAUGCCUCAACGAAAUGCAUCGUAGACACGGAGAAUAAAACCUCUAGACAAUCCACCAAAUAUACUGAAGAUGUGUGCAGAGCUACAGAACACAGCACACUUCACAGAGAUACACUACGUCUGUCAGGUCAAACAGGAGGAAGACCCACUCUGUUGCAUUUUAUUCUGUUUACAUAGUCUUGUCCUGUGGGAUUACACCGUAACACAGUCACCCCGUUGGGACCAGGCGAUGCCUCUGGUUUAUUCUGGGUGAGAAGAAAAGAUCAAAUCUGAACCGAAGACAACCAAAUACACUACAGAGCCUAAAUGAUCAGACAUUUUAGGCAUGCAAACCGAAUACAAACCACUGCAUUAACAAAAAACAAUCAAAGUGUAAAAGGUUAAAAGAAACAUUGAAGCUGUGUUUCAGGACAGAGGAGUGUUCACAAAAAUAACCUUAGUGCUACAAGACUAUCACAUCAAAUAUCAAAUAUCUCUGAAGGAACAACGUUCCCACCGACCAGACAAGCAGCUUCUGAUGUUUGAUUGGUUCAUUCUCUGGGGGUGGGGACUUUAAAAGCUAUUUAAUCCUCAAGUCCAUAUUAAGUGAAUGUUGAAUCCUAAAGGUUCUGUCCAGUUGGAGUGCAGUUUGAACCAGAGACUGUCUGUUCUGAAGCUUGAAUCUGGGUUUGUCUUUCUCUCUUUGUUGUCCCAUUACACGUCUCCCCCCGUUAAUAUUCCUCCAAUAACGCUUCAAAGACAGAUACAUUCACGCAGCUGGCUCCAGUAGACUGGCUUGAAUUUGUCCAUCAACCUGUGUCCAACUUUAAAUAAAUAAUAAUAAUCAUUUUAUUUGUAGAGCUCUUUUCAAGCCCAAAGCACAAAGUACUUUCCAAGGAAAUCCACAUCAUAGACAGCAGAAUACAUAAAACAUAAAUAAUGAAACAAGAGAAUGGGUAAAUAAAGAACCAAGCAUAUACAUAUUCAUACAGUUACAUAUGCACAUGCAUACGCAUCAGCACAACAUUAACCUGCAGAUUCACACGGUCGACCACUAGAAAGUAGAGACACUGCACUGUAUUUUGAAACAGAGAAGUUAUUCUAGCGCUGUUUCAUGGACUGCAAACAGUCUGUGAUCAUGCUGCUUAUUAUUCUGUAUUACCCACAUCAGACCUGUGACAUCACACAUCCCUCUCCGGGGGGGGGGGGCGGAGCGGAGGGCUAGUUCUGUUGAACAGGAGGCUAAUUAAAUGUGAAUGUACCUUUUUACUGGAGAGAUAAUCUGAGUUUGGUCAGCGGUUGGAAGCCUGAAAGGAUGAGCAGGUAGCAACCGGCACCGCUGACCCAGUUACUGGUUUAGACACACACACACACACACACUACUAAAUAUACACUGCCUUAAAGCCAUACGAUCUCCUUAACUCAGCAUUGAUCUCACAUUUAGUUUCUUCAAAAUAAAAUGUGUAUUUUGAGAGCAAAGACUGCGACGGUUAGUUGAAUGGAACAAGCAUCUAGUAGCUGUUGAAGUGGUUCCAGCAACUAGAAAUGACUGUAAUGCUGGUGUGACGCUGGUGUGAUGCUGGUGAAACGCUGGUGUAACGCUGGUGAAACCCUGGUAUAACGCUGGUGAAACGCUGGUGUAACGCUGGUGUAACGCUGGUGAAACGCUGGUGAAACGUUGGUGUAACGCUGGUGAAACUCUGGUGAAACUCUGGUGUAACGCUGGUGAAACUCUGGUGUGACGCUGGUGAAACCCUGGUAUAACGCUGGUGAAACGCUGGUGUAACGCUGGUGUAACGCUGGUGAAACGUUGGUGUAACCCUGGUGAAACUCUGGUGAAACUCUGGUGUAACGCUGGUGAAACUCUGGUGAAACUCUGGUGUGACGCUGGUGUAACGCUGGUGAAACGUUGGUGUAACCCUGGUGAAACUCUGGUGAAACUCUGGUGUAACGCUGGUGAAACUCUGGUGAAACUCUGGUGUGACGCUGGUGUAACGCUGGUGAAUCUGUUUUCUACUUUCUAUACUGAGUAAGUUCUCAUUGUGUGUGCGCUGUGGAAGAGGCACACAGUCCACGGGCUGCGUUACAUUACAACAGGACACUGUUCUGUCGUUGCUCGUCGUAGGACGUUUCUGUUUUAGAGAUUUGAAGUGACACAUAAAUAUCAGCAGCAGCACAUCUUAAUGUGUUUUUAUGUUACUUCCUGUGCCAUGAUAUAUAUUGCUUGUUUCAAACUUACUUUUCUCCAUUACAUGUUUUAUGUGCUUUUACUUCCUCGCCAUGCUUUCUUUAGAUUUAAAGGUACAUCUCAUUUGGUUUUAGUGCACAAGCGCAUGUUUUGCACUCAACACUUGUGUUGUAUUUAUCCACGUUCUCUCUCUAUAGCAUGCACCGUUAUCCAUUUAUUCAGACACACAGGGAGACGUUAGUUCACCUGCAUCGCAGCCUGGAAGAUGUUCAAACCUGUGGCCGACUAUAUUGAAAUGAAACCUUAUUGAAAUGUAAAUCGCCCACCUGUGUGCACAUGACAACAUUAGAAUAAAAAUGUUAAAAUCCCAUAUUCAUGAACAUGCAGAACUAUUGCCAGAAUGAAAUAUGAGUGACAAAUCAUCUUCAGUGUUCUCCUGAACAUAACACUCCUAAACACAACGCCAGAAUGACAGGAAACUGAAUGGAACAUUGUCUUCUCAUAUUAGUUUAACGUUAACGUGAAAGUGAAGAGCUGAAACAAUCCAUUCAUUGAUCAACAGAAGAUCUAUUGUGUCUGCAACUAUUUUAAUAAUCAAUAGUUUGUUGAAGUCGUUCCCUCGUUCAGCUUCUCAGUCGUUUACCGUGUUUUUAGUUCAGCAGAAUAGCUCAGCCUGUUCAUCUCUGGUUCUUACAUUUUAUAGACCAAACUAUCAAGAACAUAACUGUCAGAUUGCCCUUUAUGUUUUGAUUUAUAUUGUUAGUAAAGACGAGCAAGGAAUGAAAUUCUUACCUGACACCUGCCAAAUAACAGGUUACAUGUUGGCUGUGGCAGGUCAGACUUCCAGGUCACCAGGUUUCACACAAUAUCAGAUUUUAACAACACAUUAUUGUGGCUGAUAUAAUUCAUGAUAAUGGUAUUAUCCAGAUAUCUAUAGAAAAGUUAACUUUGUGUGUUUUGUUUAUUUUUUGGCUAAUUAAUUACACCUGAAAUACCAGUGUAAGGAGGUAGAGAGAGUUUGUAAGCAUAAAUGUAUAUUUAAAAUGAUUCAAGAGGCGCUGAAUUAUUUAUACAAUAUUAUCAGUGUGUUUCAUUUUUAAAUAUCAUAGUUAUUGUCAAUACCUAUAUAUCACCGUCACCCUAUCUACCACCAGGGCAGAUAGGACUUCCUUUUAUUAAGAAAUAUUAUUUUUAAAAGGCAAUUCCCGGUUGAAAAUAGUCCGGGAUUAUAUUAAGGUUAAAUAAUAUAUUCCAUAUUUCUAGUGUCGCUGACUCAGUGUUACAGUCCUAGAGCGUUCUACGGAGAUCUCAGGAGUGGCAGAAAAAAAGACCCUGAUGACAAGCAAAUGUAAACGGUGGUUCAUUUAAUAAUAGCUGACGUUGACAGAUUUCAUAACAGAGACCCGUCUUUAAUUUCAUUAGAACUACAAUCAGGUCGUACCAGAUGUCCACAGCUGUUUGAGUUUCAUAGUUCUUAUGGCGGUGUUAUGUGAAGGUGUACUGUUAUUGGCACUGUCGUUUUUAUUUUCAUCUUCAUCUUGGCAGUAUUGAUGUAUUUUCAAAUAAUAAAAUUGUAUUUAGAAAUGUUUAAUUUAAAUGUUUCAAUGUGUGCACACAAAUGGAAAAAUGAAAUCUGACCAGAUGUCCAAUAACAAUGAGAGUCCCAGGAAGGUUGUUAUUCAUAGUUUGCUCACAUGGAGCGUUUAUUGCAGUGAUGUUAAUCUCUUGUUAAGGAAAGCUAUUUUUCUAUGACCUGCCCGGUGCUGGGUCACUGCAGCUGAAGAAGCUCUGUCCUGAAGGAGCUCGCUGAUACCUGUGGUGUUGUUUGAACUCGGAGGAAACGAGGAAGGGAGGAAGUGUCUGCUGUGAACUCUUUACUGUACAUUGAAUUUAUAGCCACUCUGAACCCGACACACGACUCUACUACUCUGAGAUGAAACGCUCCCGCUGGCUCAAUAAAUAUUCUCUUUUAUUA